AUGAGCUGUAGCCUUGGAACUGCUCUCUUGUGCGGAAUACUGACCAGCAUCGAAGAGAGCAAGAAAUCCAACUUAGCUCGUCCGGAUUUAGAUCAAUCCCAUGUCCCAAGCAAUUUCAUAGCUUGUGUCCGGAGCGCCCCUUCUGCUGCACGCUUGGAAUGUGCACUUUCUGCUUUUGACACAGAAGUAGCAAUCUACCAUGGCGAUCAACGUGCUCCUCUUCACGAAGCCGAUGUGAUAGUCCUAGCUUGUCAGCCCGGUGAUAUACGGAGUUGUCUAGCCACCACCAUCAUCAGAUCCCAGCUACAAGACAAGGUCCUCGUUAGUCUACUUGCGGGCGUCACAAUUCCAGAUAUCGAAUCCGUACUCCAGUCUGUAGGGGGUAAAAGCUACUAUCCCGCCACAAUUGCUCGAGCAAUGCCAAAUACUGCGUCAUUUGUCCGUGAGUCAAUCACUGUCAUCGAAGCCCCAGAAGCAACGUCAGCCCGCCAUUUAGUUGCAAUUGACUGGCUGUUUGAAUCGAUCGGCAAGGUUAAACACAUUUCCGCUUCCAAUUUCGAUACAUGCACAGCAUUGGGUGCAUCAACUCCUGCGUUCUUCGCGGUUAUUCUCGAUGCUUUGAUUGACGGCGCUGUCACACUGGGGCUGACCAGAAAGGAUGCUACGUUCAUGGCAGCACAAUCUAUGAAAGGAUGUGCGGCGUUGGUGCUGGCCGGAGAACAUCCAGCUUCUGUGAAGGAGAACAUUACCACUCCAGGCGGCUCGACUAUCAGGGGCGUACUAGCGCUUGAACAAGGAAAUGUGAGAGCUGUCGUGGCAGGUGCUCUGAUUAAGUGCAAAGAAGCCGCAGAAGGAUUAGGAACUCAGGCGAGGAAUUAG